ACAUUUUCUAAUCGACGUAGGUGAAGCUAUGUGAGGUGUUGGUGACAGUGGGAAUACUCUCAUAUACAGAGGUGGGUAUCGUGAAUGGACGCGAUGCGCGGACUGGCGUGGUAUGUGUUGGUGGCGGCGUGUCUGCUGGCGGGGGCGGAGGCGCGCAGGAAGCUCAAGAGGGAAGACACCGAGAGCCUCAAGACAAUCGAGGAGACUGACGACGAGGUAGAACCGUGUCAAUGCGCGGUGUUCAUGUCGCAGCAGGUGGGCCUGAAGGGUGGGCGGCGAGGGCGCCCACGUGGGCAGCCGCAGGGCGAGCCCGUGGUCACAUACGACCACGACGAGCCCAGCCUGCCAUGUGGCGCCAUUGGUCUCAAACACUGUAUUAACAAGUGUGUAGACGUGAUCUUGAAGUACGUGCCGCGCGCGGGCCCGGUGAUCUGCGGCGCAGUCGAGCGCGACGUGCAUCGCGAGCGCGCGUUCCUUUUCGUGCGCAACUGCGAGAGAGACUGGACGCCCACUAACUUCUCUGCUGGCAAAGAGUUUUGCUGCACCGACGGGAAACACCACAAGUGCUAGAUGGAACGUUAUUAAUUCUAAAUUUAAAUAUUUAAACGUGGUUAAACUGUUCCAAAAGUCAUGUUUCAAAAUCUCGAGGGAUGGGUCGAAAAGGGUUGCUAACUAGGGUUGUCAACAAAGUAUUGACUAAAUGACUAAGUCGGCAGCGACUGGAAGGUUGCUGCUGUUUUAUAUACUUAGCUACUUAACAUUAUAUAUUUUUUAUAUGAGUAAUUCCGAAGAUAACAUUGUAUCUUCUAGGACAAAUUAGAAAGAUGCAAUAGAAAAGAAAAUAGUGUAAGUAGGUAGAGCAGAUUCCAAAAAACUAUUAUGUAUGUACAUAGUUUCUCAUGAAGUGCGUAGGUAUACUUUUUAUUUUUUUUACGAGUAUAAUAAUUAUUUUUAUUGAGAUUAAGGACGCAAACAUCACAUUUAUAAAUAGUUACUUGUCGUUACCAGAUUACAAGUGCAGUCGCUAACAAAAGUUCUCAACCGCUUUUAAUUCUUACGGUAAUUGUUAUAAGUUCUAAAAGUGUUUGAUACUUUCGUAAAUUACUAGUAUUUUACUUUCUUCGCUGACAGUUAGUAACAGGGUAGUAAAUCCUAGAAUAGAACAAACUGUAAUAAAUGUUUAUUUUGGUGAAUCACUAGAAAUAGUUUCAACUAAGUUA